AUGGAAAGUGUUGCAACAAUGACUAUCUCUGCGUUAGUUGAUGAACUUCAAGAAGAAGGCUUUUUUUAUAAAUACAAAUAUGAUAAUUCUGGCUUCAUUACUCAUUUGUUUUUUGCGCACAAUGACUCAAUAUCCCUUAAUCAUCAAUAUCCUACAAAUAGCCUAGUUCAAACAGAAUCAGAAAAUGAAUUUGAUGAAGGGUAG